CCAUCAUGUCGAAACGAGACAUCGAAAACUGCGUGUGGAAUGAGCACAAGGAGGAGAUAAUGCGUCUCUAUCAGCAUGAAAACCUACCUCUCGCUCAGGUAAUCACUCUUAUGGAAACCUCUGCCGGUUUCAAGCGCACAAAGGGCCAGUACGAAAGAAGACUGAAAGCUUGGGGUGCUCAGAAAUAUUCCAAAGCAGAGGACUGGAAAAUCAUAGCUUCAUGCUACCAAGACCGAGCGCUCCACGGAUCCCAAACCGCAGUGAUGUUACGAGGCAAGAUGGUUCAAGACCGGAAGGUCAGAAAAGAGAUAGCACGGCAUGGGUAUGAGACAGCAAUGGACCGUUUCAAUCGUCUAAAUCGACCUGGCCGUCUUACAAACGGAGCGCCCUUACCUAAAUCAACGGAGAUACAACUGUUUACCCCACCAGGGUCACCUUCGGUAAUCACUGUUGGGUCGGCGAAAUUCCCACUUGGAUGUCCAGGAAAAAUACAGCAGAGAUGGUCCGAGGAAGGCUUGUUGAUUCUGGCUGAAACAACGCCCUGGAAUCAGUUCAUUGUUUCCAUGCAAUCAUUAUGUCUCGAACAUCAUGGCCUGCUUGUUGCAACCGAAGAGCACAACGAUCGCUCAUCUACAACGGACAUCGGGACCAAUGGCAACAAGAACACUGUUCUAGCAUCAAGUGAAUCACCCCUAGCCGCAUGGUCUAUGAUGAUUUUCUGUUCGCUAUAUGCCUCCAAUGAUCUAGUAGAUUUUUACAUUCAUGAUGCAUGUACCAACCCACAACGUUACUUACCACCAUGCCGUGACACCACCUCAGAGAUCGACGUCGGUGCGACUUUACAUUUGGCAACGAGGAACACUCAGCUGGAGUUUCUAAAACACACAAUGAACCUUGUGUCAAACAACUUCGAAGUUCAUUUUACUGGAGCGGCAAUCGUAGAGUUGCUUCGCGUAAAGCAGAAUCGUUCAUUGCUCCAGUCAUUGGUGGAUCAAAAGCUUCUUGUCGCACAUGCGUUCUUGGAAAAGCUUUGGAUUCCUGCAUUACGGGAUUCGAAUUUCGAUGUGCUAAAAAUGAUACUCGUUAACGGAUACGACAUCCAAGCUCCAAUCGACACCAUGGAGUUUUUGCCACGGAACGUAACUGCACUGCAGUUUGCUAUUGAAACUGGCAACGAGAGUUUGGUCGAGUUCUUGCUUGAGAAUGGUGCAAACGGUAACGAAACAAGUAUUACAACGCAAUACAUAUGUGGCCGUAGGUUGCACAAUUACGAAGUUGAAAACUUAUUAGAGCUUGCUGCGAGUCUCGGAAAGUUCAGUAUAUUACGAAGACUUCUCGUUCAUCGGCCCCAGUCUCCAAGUGAAACCCCUCACAUCACCAUGAUAGUUUUACGCUUUGCGGUCCUUCACGGUGAUAUGGACACUUUCCAACAUUUGCUCGAUCAAGCCCCCAGUAUGUAUACUCAAGCGCAGAUAAAUCCCUGGAUUCUGCUGGAAGCUGCUGUUGCUCAAAAGAACUACAAUACGUAUCAUAUCAUCACAAGAUGCAUGGGAUACGAGUUCGAUAUCAACGCAAUUGAACGUAAAGAAAAUGGAAGUGUACUCGCUGCAGCUUACAUGUCACAAGAUAUGGACCGGAUCAAGAGAUUGUGCGAUAUGGGAGCAAAUCUUUCUGCCGUUACAAAACGGAAGACACACCUGGACCUGAAUGUCUCCGAGCUAGAAAGAACAGUACUGGACUUUCGAGGAAUGGCGCUACUUCACCUUGCAACUGCAAAAGAUGACACAGACACUGUGGCAUUUCUGAUUGAGAGGGGAGUCGAUGUUAACCAAUGCUGCAAUUUCAUUUCACCUCUACAGAUUGCAGUCUAUCGAAGAAAUGAGGCAAUAGUCGACGAUCUUCUCCAAGCAGGUGCAGAUGUAGAUCUAUAUACUGCUUCUGGAACGGCUACGGAAUAUCAAACCGACGAUGAACUAGAUCAGGUGAUUGGUCGGCCUCUUUUGAGAAUAGUGCUUGAAACAGGGAGUUCAGCACUGUUCGAAAAGCUUCGCCAACAUAACGUCAAUUUUAAACCCUCGCUUUCGCCUAUCACUGAAUCUAAAAUACUUCGGUGGGCAAUUGAUGGAGGCAACUUAAAACUGGUUGAAACAGUCAUGAAAGAGUAUUUGUCGACGGCCAGUAUUCUACCCGCAGUUCUAGCUAAUUGUAUACUCGCAUUUGGCUACCACGAUGGCUUUCAUAUCAUCAAACGUUGCGAAGGCCUUGAUUCAGCAGUGGCUUAUUCGACUGAGGUCCUGUGUGCGGUUGUUUGCUGCCAUGAUCUGGUAUUCUUACAAGAUUUUCUUGAACAAGCAUGCAAUACACUUGCAAUUCUUCCCCGCGGCUAUAUCGCUACGGGAUUGGCAAUUGCCUGUGCCAAAGGCUAUUAUGAUAUGCUGCAAACAUUUAUCGAUGCAGGGGUAAAGAUAUAUGAACCAUACAAUAUUCCACUUUUCGAAAGAUUUACCGCCAUUUAUCAUCGAAGAGCGCCCUUUGACCAGAAUGCAUGGUCUGCUUUGACAGCAAAUCCCCAAAGGAAGGAAACGGUGACCGUAGCGAUAUUUGAUACACUGUUGGCUGCUUGCGUCGAGUUUGAGCGUAACGCCGAAGAUGAGGAGUUGUGGAAGGCAGCGUUAUUUUCAUCAUGCAAACUUGCUCUUUUUUCAGCUAGAAAUAGCUCGGAAGAUCUUCGCGAGAUGAUCCCCAAACUGAUCCCCAAGGGGCUGGAUGUAAACUGGAUACCACCGGAAGACCAUUCACUACUGCAACACGCUGUGAGACUCCGAGACGAAAAAUCUGCAAGAUACUUUCUCAGCCUGGGCGCAGACCCCAACGCUAUGUCAGUGACUAGUCUCUAUCCUAUUCAUACUGCACUUCAGGAAUCCGCAAUUUGCUCGACAGGGGAUUUGCUAGCGCUUCUAAUACAGCAUGGAGCUGAACCAUCUGCCAUACCACCAUUUUCUCGUGGGGCAACUGCUACCCAAUUUGCUGCCAUGUAUGGCAACUUCGAAAAUCUGAUCAUUCUCCUUAAGUUGGGGGUGAACAUCAACGAGCCACCAGGAGAUCAUGAAGGCAGAACAGCAAUCGAGGGAGCAGCAGAAAAUGGCCGUCUGACUAUGGUCGAGUAUUUACUACAAGCAGGCGCCAAUGUGGAAGGCAAGACUAACCCCAACUAUCGGCGAUCAGUGUAUCGAGCAUGGUGCAACGGACAUCGAACCAUUGCGAAUAUGAUACAGAACUGGAAAGUUGAAAGAUAUGGGACUGAUGACUGCGAAUCUAUCGAAACCAUAUUGAAGACUGUGACCAGAUAUGAGCUAGAAUAUGCAGAUUCCGAUGCCUACGCAAGACAUCGCCAAUUCUUAGCUGACGGCGAUGAAUACCAAUGGUGCCAGUGGGAAGACAACGACAAGCAAGCAGAACCAAUGUUUCAAAAAGCGAGGAAGCAGUUGAUAAAGUGA